AUGGCGUCGUCCUCGCCUUGGGGCGCGUGGAGCUCUAAGCUCAAUGUGACGUCGAUCGUGUCCCAGGGGAUCGAGCAGGUCCGGAGUCUACGAGAGGACGUGGAGAAGUCGUUCGAUCACGUCGUGACGGGCGUCCCGGGCACGCGGUCUCUCUCGACGGCGGCGACGACGGCGCAGCAAAUAGGAGACGCGCAAGUCGGGAAAAAUAAGGCAAUACGGUCGACGAAUCAGGCGGUUGCGGUAUUCGAUACGGUGGUGGAUACAUCAAUGGAUACGGCGGCUCCAGUCGCAGCCGAAACUCUAUUGGAACAGUGGGACUCUAUUGAUACGGUCGAAGAGAAGGAGAGAGCUGACCAAGUGGAGACAAAAGGUCAGCGACGGGACACAAGAGACGAUACUGAGCAAACAGACUAUAAAGGAGACGUUCCUGACGAGCAGCAGGUGAAACUGCACGUUCGUGAGGGACUGGCGCCAGGAGCGACUGCAGAGGCUGCAGACGAAGAGGAGAGAGGAGUGGACAGAGAAGAGGAGAAGAAAGAAGAGCAGAAGGCAGAAGAGGAGGAAGGAGAGGAGGCAGAAACGAGAGAAGAGCAGAAGGCAGAAAAAGAAGUACAGGAACAGGAGGAGGAGGAGCAGGAGCAGGAGCAGGACAAGAAGCAGAAGAAAAAGAAGAAGAAGCAGAAGAAGAAGAGGAGAAAAAAGGAGGCAGGAGCUCUUGUUCAGAACGAAAAAGCGAGUGCAGGUGUGGGUGAGGAUCGAGAAGGAGGAGCUGAGCAGGAGCAGGACGGAGCGCUUGUUGCUGUCGUUGAUAACGAGAACGAGAAGAGUAGCGAUGGAUAUGGAGAAGGACAUGCAGAAGAAGGAGGAGGAGAAGGAGAAGCUGUACCGGAUGAAGCGCUUGUUGCUGUUGUUGAGAACAAGGAGGAGAUUGUCGUGGACUUGCAGCACCAGAUGGAGCUCGAAGCGCGCGAGUCGCAGCUGUUGACAGCGUCGACAACGAUCCAGAACCUGCACAACGAGCUGGACGAGACGCGUCAUCGCGAGAUUGUGGCUCUAGAGCGUGUGCAGUCGCUCACGGAGCAGCUAGAAAACAUGCAGAGAGAGGUGGCCAAGCUGACGAAAUCGCAUAAUGACGCGAGCAGCAGCAGUGGCCAGCGUGGCGAUGUACAGGCAUUGCAACUGGCAUUGGCUGAGAAAGAGGAGAAGCUGAGUGCGUUGCUUGAUGAAGGUCAGGCGUUGUCGGUGAAGCAGGCGCAGCUCGAGCAGAGGUUGCGCUCGCUGCGUAAAGAAAAGGACGAGCUAGAGGAGCGAGCACGCAGAGCAGAGUCACGAGCCGAAGCAUCAGCAAAGGAAGUGCAGGAGCUUAUGUCAAAGCUGAAAGCGAGCGAGAAGGAGAAGACGCAUCUCGCACAGCAAAAUAGUCACUUGGCGAGCGAUGCGGAUACUGCGAGUGCCAGGGUCGAACAAGCUGAGCACAAUGCGCUAGAAGCUACACAGCAGCUCGAAUCGCUGCAGGCUCAGCUGAAGGAGCUGACGCGCUCUGUUGUCAGUAAAGACGAAGAAAUUGCGAGACUGGCGACGGCUUCUCGGUCGAGUAAGUCUCUGAGCCUCGAGAAGGCUGAGCUCGAACAGACUUUGCAGUUUUUGCAAGAAAAUGUGCGAGCUUUGGAGGAAGAGGGAACGCGUCGCGAGGUAAGGGCGCGGGCAGAGAUUACGGACCUGAAGCACAAGUGGCAGGACGCUAUGGCUCGUGUGGACAUGCUGGGGCAGAGUGUAUCGGAAGCCACGCAGCCGCUGCUUCGCCAGAUUCAUGCGCUGCAAGAAGACCAGCGGGCGAGGCAAGAAAGCUGGAGGGCGAUGGAGAUCACUUUUGUUGCUCGUAUUGACGAGGCCAUAGAGCAACGUCGUGUAGCUAUGCAGGAGCGAGUGAAUAUGGAGCAGCGACUGCAUGAAGUGCAACAGAAGGUGGAGGAAGUGGAGUUGGGGCUGAUACGAAAACAAGCUGAGCUUGCUCGCGCACAAGAUAGUGCAGCAAUUGCCAAGGCCGAAGCUCGUGAGUUGCACAAACAAGUUGAUGCGCUGCAGAUGGACUUGGAUCAGGCCAGACACCAGUGUGAUGCGGAGACAGAAGUGAAAGAACAACUCCAGACUCGACUGCUGGUUGCCGAGCAGUCUAUAAAAACGGCGAGGGCAUCAUCAACAGCGACGGUCGAGCUGGAGCAGUCUCGUGAGCGCGAGGCAGAACUUCGCCACGAUCUAGAUUGGCAUCGUCAAGAGCUACAGCGAUUGAAGACCGCAGUGAUGCAAACUGCUGCAAUACCAUUAUCCACAGGCAGUACGUCUUCACAGCAUCAAACUGUGAGGCGAAGUCGUGACGACGAGCAGUCCUGUCGAUCUGAGGAUGCAGACGGUGAACUAUCGUCUGAGGCGUCGAUUCUCAAAAUGGCACUGGAGACGGACUCACUAACGCUGAAUGGCGGCAAUACGUCGGUGUUGGGACUCAGUCAGUUGCAGCAGCGAUUGCGUCUACGUGAAGGUGAGAAUCGAUUGCUGAAGCAGCAGUUGGAAACACUGGAGGCUCGACAGAAACAAACGGCUGACGAGAUUGUCCGGCUAAGCUCACGUAACGCGCUAUUGGAGAGCGGCGAGGCACAGCUCGAGCAAGCACAGUUGGAACUGGCAAAAUUGCAGAAGCACCAGGUGGUGCUGCUUGAGCUGUUUGGUGAGAAAGAGGAGCAAGUGGAGGAGCUGCAAGCUGAGGUGAAAGAGCUAAAGGCGUUUUACCGAAAGCAGCUUGACACAUUGGCGACCCACAGCGAGCAACAGCAGAAGCAGCAAGCAGAGCAGCGACAUUGUUAG